AUGUCUUCUCUAGACCAACAACAAUAUUUAAUUUGUCCAAUAACAUUAGAGUUAUUCAAUGAUCCAGUGACAGCUAAAGAUGGUUAUACGUAUGAAAGAAAAACAAUAACUGAUUGGAUCAAUCAACAUGGUACAAGUCCAAUAACAAAGAAACCUCUGACUGUAGAGCAAUUGACUUCAAAUCAUGCAGUUAAGAGUGCUGUAGAAGCUUUUAAACAGCAGUAUAAUAUACAAUCAAAUACAAAUAAUAUUGAUAAUAAAAGACAAAAUUUGCAAAAUUUAGAUGUUCUCUGUCGAUAUUGUUCAUCAAAACAACAGUUGAACAAUAUAAAACAACAUCAGGUAAAAUGUUCAUCGAAUCCUGUUAAUAUAGCACCAUUUAAUAUAGCAGAUAAUGAAAAUAUUUUUGCAACAUCACAACAAACUUUACAUAAUGAAAAGAAAUUUAGUUUCAUCAAUCCAUUCGCACAACAAACAACAAAUUCAAUGGCUGAUGAAGAAUCUAAUCAAAAUUCAGCAACAUCUAACGUAUUGUCACAAGGAAAUCAAUGCUUAUCAUUGAAAAAUCGUAAAGUAAAAUAUUUGCUGGCGAUUUUGUUAGGUAUCGUAUUAGCAACGAUUGCAAUUACAUUAACGGUUUAUUAUGUAAAACGUGAAAAACAUGAACCUUUAUCAGAUUCAACAACAGCAACAAUGACCUAUCAAUCAACGACAACUUCAACUUCCACAACGACUACAACAUCAAUGAUAACUUCAACUUCAACCUCGACUACAACUUCCACAACGACUACGACAUCAACGAUAACUUCAACUACCACGACGACGACUACAACAUCAACAACAAUCUCAACUACAACCUCAAGUAUUCCUUCUACUCCUCAAGUACCUUGUGCUUCUGCCGAAUGGAACUUAAAUGGAAUUACAGUUACUUCCGAUGUAUAUGAUCCAUACAAUCUUGCUAUUGAUAGUCAAGAUAAUGUUAUAGUUGCUGAUACUGAAAAUCAUCGUUUACGAAAAUUUUUUAAUAACGGAACAGAUAUUAUAUUACCACCAAAAACAAAAAUAACGAGUGUUUUUAUUGAUCAAUUUGAUAAUAUCUACAUUGCUGAUUCGUUCGGUGAUGAAGUUCAAGUAUUGACUUCAAAUGGUGAUUUAAUAACAACGAUUGAUGGAAGUAAUAUCACAGACAGUUUCUAUGAUAAUUUAAAACUUGAUGGUCAACCAGGACUUUAUGUUGAUAAAAAUAAUACUGUUUAUAUUUCGGAUACUGGUCAUCAUCGAAUUAUCAAAUACUUUCUAAAUUUAAAUUAUGGAAUUGUUGCAGCUGGUGAAAAUGGUCAAGGCUCGGAAUUAAAUCAAUUGAAUUCUCCUUAUGAAAUUUAUGUCGAUGAAAUUUAUGAAAUAGGUGCAAUUUAUAUUUGUGAUCAUCAAAAUCAUCGAAUUCAAAAAUGGCUUAAUGGAGCUAAGGAAGGAAUAACUGUAGCUUUUAGUGAUGAGCAAUUACAUUCUCCCAUAGCAAUUCUACUACAGCCAAUAGAAAAUCAAAUGAUAAUGUUUAUAUCAAGUUUUUCCGGUGAUCAAGUUUUAAAAUGGAUACCAUUUGCACAAGAAGCAGAAUCUAUCGUUGUUGGAAUUAGUGGUCAUAUGGGUACCGAAGCAGAUAGACUAUUUUCGCCAAGAGGUAUUAAAUUCGAUAAAUAUUGGAAUUUGUUUGUUGCUGAUACUGGAAACAAUAGAAUACAAAAAUUUCUAUUUAAUACUUCUUCAUGUGAAAACAGUUAUUGA